AAUUCAAUUUAAGGAGAAAAAAAAAAAACUAAACAAUCUUAAGAUUUUUUUAUUUAAACCUUUUUCUUCAAAAUUAAGACCUGGUUUUUGAUUAAAUUUUCCUAAAAAUUUGUUUCAAAAACCAGGUCUCAAAUUUAUCCUUUAUACAUUAUAUAAACUAGCAAGCAAUUUCAUUAGGCGUAUACAUUUCGGUGAGCUGCAUCUACAACAAUGAAUGACCUAUUAUCGGAUUCUUUUGAGAUCCCUCGUGGUCAGGGUAAUAGAGGUGGAGAUAUUGAGAUGGGAAUGAGUUCUGGAGAUUUGGGCUUGGAAGAUUUCUUUAGAAAGGUUCAAGAGAUUGAGAAACAAAAUGAGAAGCUAGACAAGCUACUCAGAAAUCUCCAGGAUGCGAAUGAGGAAACAAAGGCUGUUACCAAAGCUCCUGCUAUGAAAGCAAUCAAGAAACGGAUGGACAGAGAUGUUGAUGAAGUUGGAAAAAUUGCUCGUGCAGUGAAGUCAAAAAUUGAGGAACUUGACAAAGAGAAUUUAACAAAUAGGCAGAAACCAGGAUGUGGAAAAGGAACAGGUGUUGACAGAUCAAGGACCUCCACAACUAUGUCCUUGAAAAAGAAGUUGAAAGACAAGAUGGCUGAAUUUCAGAAACUAAGAGAAACUAUCCACCAAGAGUAUCGGGAGGUUGUCGAGAGGCGUGUUUUUACAGUGACGGGCACACGGGCAGAUGAAGAGACAAUUGACCAAUUGAUUGAAACUGGAGAUAGUGAACAAAUUUUCCAGAAAGCAAUUCAGGAGCAAGGCCGAGGCCAGAUAAUGGAUACACUGGCAGAAAUUCAAGAGCGGCAUGAUGCAGUUCGAGAUUUGGAGAGGAAACUUCUGGAUUUACAGCAGAUUUUCUUGGAUAUGGCAGUCUUAGUGGAUGCUCAAGGGGAAAUGCUUGACAACAUAGAAUCGCAGGUCUCGAGUGCCGUAGAUCAUGUGCAGUCGGGGAAUACAGCGCUACAAAAGGCAAAGAAGUUGCAGAGAAACUCGAGGAAAUGGAUGUGUAUUGCUAUCAUUAUUCUUCUUAUCAUCGUUGCUAUAAUCGUUGUUUCCGUGAUCAAACCAUGGAAGAGCAACAAGGGUGCUUAGCAUCUUCAAUAUUUGUAUAUUGUAUAAAAUGAGUUAUGUAACGGCUUUUAAACCUCUUUCAGUAAUUUCUAUUAUUUUGUACUCAUUUCACAAAAUUCUAUGGCAAACUUGGUUUGUGUUUUCCUCUAUAUAUAAUUGUGUUCAUGUAUUCUUUUAUACACUUUAUAAUAAAUCUAAAAGUUGUUUUA